AUGGCUAGGGUUUAUAGUAAUUGGGAUAGGCUGGUUCGAGCCACUUUGAGAAGAGAGCAGUUGAGAAAUUCAGGUCAAAGUCAUGAACGGGUUAAUAGCGGACUUGCCGGAGCAGUUCCGCCUUCACUUGGUCGAGCUACCAACAUCGAUGCCAUCUUACAAGCUGCUGAUGAGAUUCAGUCCGAGGAUCCUCAUGUUGCUAGAAUUCUAUGUGAGCAAGCGUACUCUAUGGCACAGAACUUGGACCCCAACAGUGAUGGUAGAGGUGUUCUUCAAUUCAAGACUGGUUUGAUGUCAGUGAUUAAGCAAAAACUUGUGAAGAGAGAUGGUGCUUCUAUAGACCGAGAUCGUGAUAUUGAACGCCUAUGGCAGUUUUACCAAGUUUAUAAAAGACGGCAUAGAGUGGAUGAUAUCCAAAGGGAAGAGCAGAAAUGGAGGGAAUCAGGAACAACGUUUUCUUCAAAUGUGGGGGAGAUCUUGAAGAUGAGGAAGGUCUUCGCUACGUUGAGGGCCUUAAUCGAAGUGUUAGAGGUGCUAAGCAGAGAUGCAGAUCCAGAUGGUGUUGGAAGGUCUAUCAGGGAGGAGCUUGGGCGAAUUAAAAAAGCUGAUGCCACUUUGUCUGCGGAGCUAACUCCUUACAACAUUGUCCCGCUAGAAGCCCAGUCCAUGACCAAUGCAAUUGGGGUUUUCCCUGAAGUGCGUGGUGCAGUACAGGCAAUUAAAUAUACUGAACAUUUCCCUAGCCUGCCUGAAAGCUUUGAGAUUUCCGGACAACGUGAUGCAGAUAUGUUUGAUUUGCUGGGGUACAUCUUUGGGUUUCAGAGAGAUAAUGUAAGGAACCAACGGGAGCAUCUGGUUCUCACACUUUCAAAUGCACAGUCCCAGCUUAGUAUACCUGGCCAGAAUGACCCAAAAAUUGAUGAGAAAGCAGUCAAUGAGGUUUUCUUGAAGGUUUUGGAGAACUACAUCAAGUGGUGCAAAUACUUGAGGAUGCGCGUUGUGUACAACAAGUUAGAAGCCAUUAAUCGGGACAGGAAACUGUUUCUUGUUUCUUUGUACUUCCUAAUCUGGGGUGAAGCUGCUAAUGUCCGAUUUCUUCCGGAGUGUAUUUGCUAUAUUUUUCACCAUAUGGCAAAGGAAUUGGACGCAAAGUUAGAUCAUGGAGAAGCUGUCUUUGCUGACAGUUGCUUAACUGAGAGUGGUUCGGUCUCAUUUCUUGAGCGAAUUAUCUGCCCCAUAUAUGAAACAAUGUCAGCUGAAACUGUUCGAAACAAUAAUGGGAAAGCUGCGCAUUCUGCCUGGCGGAAUUAUGAUGACUUCAAUGAAUACUUUUGGACACCUGCUUGCUUUGAGUUAAGCUGGCCUAUGAAAACAGAGGCACGAUUUUUAAGCAAGCCUAAAGGGCGGAAAAGGACUGGUAAAAGCAGCUUUGUUGAGCAUCGGACAUACCUUCACCUUUUCCGAAGUUUUCACAGACUUUGGAUCUUCAUGGCUAUAAUGUUUCAGACUUUGACGAUUAUAGCCUUCAGGAAAGAGCAACUCGAUAAAGAUACUUUCAAGAUCUUACUCAGUGCUGGGCCUACAUAUGCUAUUAUGAACUUCAUUGAAUGUUUUCUUGAUGUCGUACUUAUGUUUGGCGCCUACAGCAUGACAAGAGGCAUGGCUAUAUCCAGGCUGGUUAUCAGGUUUCUCUGGUGGGGCUUGGGCUCAGUAUUUGUGGUAUAUGUUUAUGUGAGGGUUCUGCAGGAAAGAAAUAAACCAAACUCGGAUGAGUUUUUAUUCCGCUUAUACAUUCUUGUAUUGGGUUGUUAUGCCGCUGUUCGCCUCAUCUUUGCACUUUUAGUCAAACUUCCAGCAUGCCAUGCUCUGUCGGGAAUGUCAGAUCAUUCUUUCUUCCAGUUUUUUAAGUGGAUAUAUCAGGAACGAUACUUCGUUGGACGUGGCCUCUUUGAGAAUUUAAGCGAUUAUUGCAGGUAUGUGGCGUUUUGGUUGAUUGUCCUGGCCGCCAAGUUCACAUUUGCAUACUUUCUCCAGAUCAAACCACUCAUUAAACCCACCAAGACUAUCAUUAAUCUUCCUGCGUUUCAAUAUUCGUGGCAUGAUAUCGUCUCAAAAAGUAACGAUCAUGCGUUGACCAUUGUAAGCUUGUGGGCUCCAGUUGUGGCGAUAUAUAUUAUGGAUCUUCAUAUAUUCUACACAGUCUUGUCUGCAAUCAUUGGUGGUGUGAUGGGUGCAAAAGCUCGUUUAGGCGAGAUACGCUCCAUAGAAAUGGUUCAUAAGCGUUUUGAGAGUUUUCCAGAAGCGUUUGCCCAGAACCUUGUCUCCCCUGUUGUGAAAAGAGUACCAUUUGACCAACAUGCUUCUCAGGAUGGUCAAGAUAUGAACAAGGCAUAUGCUGCAAUGUUUUCGCCAUUUUGGAAUGAGAUUAUAAAAAGCUUGAGAGAGGAAGAUUAUAUCAGUAACAGGGAGAUGGAUUUGCUUUCUAUUCCCAGUAAUACGGGGAGUCUUAGACUAGUCCAGUGGCCCUUGUUUCUCCUCUGCAGUAAGAUUUUGGUAGCCAUUGAUUUAGCCAUGGAGUGCAAAGAAACACAGGUCGAACUUUGGAGACAAAUAUGCGAUGAUGAAUACAUGGCGUAUGCAGUUCAGGAGUGCUAUUACAGCGUUGAAAAAAUAUUGAAUUCCAUGGUUGAUGGUGAAGGGCGACGUUGGGUCGAAAGAAUUUUUCUGGAGAUUAGCAACAGUAUACAUGAGGGUUCGCUUGCUAUAACCUUAAAUCUUAAGAAGCUUCAGUUGGUGGUUUCCAGAUUUACUGCAUUAACUGGGCUUUUGAUACGAAAUGAAACUACAGAUCUUGCUAAAGGCGCUGCAAAAGCUAUGUUUGAUUUUUACGAGGUGGUCACCCAUGAACUUCUUUCACAUGAUUUGAGGGAGCAGCUCGAUACAUGGAAUAUUUUAGCACGGGCACGAAAUGAAGGGCGUCUCUUUUCCAGGAUAGAGUGGCCUAGGGACCCAGAAAUAAUUGAGCAGGUCAAGCGGCUUCACCUUCUUCUCACUGUGAAGGAUGCUGCUGCUAAUGUCCCCAAAAAUCUUGAAGCAAGAAGAAGAUUAGAGUUUUUUGCAAAUUCUUUAUUUAUGGAAAUGCCCCAAGCAAGGCCUGUUGCUGAAAUGGUACCAUUCUGUGUCUUCACCCCCUACUACAGCGAGACAGUGAUCUAUAGUUCCUCAGAACUGCGAAGUGAGAAUGAGGAUGGGAUAUCUAUUCUUUUUUAUCUUCAGAAGAUAUUUCCUGACGAAUGGGAGAACUUUUUGGAGAGGAUUGGAAGGUCUGAUUCAACAGGGGACGUUGAUCUUCAAGAAAGCUCAACUGAUGCUUUGGAGCUUCGGUUUUGGGUAUCUUAUCGAGGACAGACUUUAGCAAGGACAGUGCGAGGUAUGAUGUAUUACCGAAGGGCUUUGAUGCUCCAGAGUUUCUUAGAAAGGCGGGGCUUGGGAGUCGAUGAUGUUUCUCUGGCAAACAUGCCACGAGGAUUUGAAUUGUCACCUGAAGCACGAGCUCAAGCAGACCUGAAAUUUACGUAUGUUGUCUCUUGCCAAAUUUAUGGGCAACAGAAACAGCAAAAGAAACCAGAAGCUACUGAUAUUGCACUUUUAUUGCAGAGGUACGAGGCACUUAGAGUUGCCUUCAUUCACUCCGAGGAUGUUGGAGUGGAAGGAAAAAAGGAAUUUUAUUCUAAGCUAGUAAAAGCUGAUAUUCACGGAAAAGAUCAGGAAAUUUUUUCAAUUAAACUUCCCGGGGAUCCUAAACUUGGAGAAGGAAAACCUGAGAAUCAAAAUCAUGCAAUCGUUUUCACGCGUGGAGAAGCUAUCCAGACCAUAGAUAUGAAUCAGGACAACUAUCUGGAGGAGGCAAUUAAAAUGAGAAAUCUACUCGAGGAGUUUCAUGGAAAACAUGGAAUUCGACCUCCUACUAUUUUGGGAGUUCGAGAACAUGUUUUCACUGGAAGUGUUUCAUCAUUGGCGUGGUUUAUGUCCAAUCAAGAAACCAGUUUUGUGACUUUGGGUCAACGUGUCUUAGCAUAUCCACUUAAAGUUCGAAUGCACUAUGGGCAUCCAGAUGUGUUUGACAGAGUCUUUCAUAUAACCCGCGGUGGUAUCAGCAAAGCAUCCCGUGUGAUUAACAUCAGUGAAGAUAUAUAUGCUGGAUUUAACUCGACACUCAGGCAGGGAAAUAUCACCCACCAUGAGUAUAUUCAGGUUGGUAAAGGAAGAGAUGUAGGACUAAACCAGAUUGCCCUAUUUGAAGGGAAAGUAGCAGGUGGAAAUGGAGAACAAGUCCUUAGUAGGGAUGUCUACAGAAUUGGGCAGCUCUUUGACUUCUUUAGAAUGAUGUCGUUCUACUUCACAACCGUUGGAUUCUAUGUCUGCACAAUGAUGACAGUCCUUACUGUGUACGUCUUUUUAUAUGGAAGAGUUUACCUGGCAUUUUCGGGUUCUGAUCGUGCAAUCUCAAGAGUAGCCAAAUUAUCAGGGAACACUGCAUUGGAUGCCGCGCUAAAUGCGCAGUUUUUGGUCCAGAUUGGAAUCUUUACUGCCGUCCCUAUGGUUAUGGGUUUCAUACUUGAGCUUGGGUUGUUGAAGGCAAUUUUCAGCUUUAUCACGAUGCAGUUCCAGUUGUGUUCUGUCUUCUUCACUUUUUCUCUCGGUACAAGGACUCAUUACUUUGGACGUACUAUCCUUCAUGGUGGCGCAAAGUACCGGGCGACAGGCAGAGGCUUCGUGGUUCAGCACAUCAAGUUUGCAGAUAAUUACAGACUUUAUUCGAGAAGUCAUUUUGUGAAAGCUCUUGAAGUAGCUCUACUGCUCAUCAUCUACAUUGCUUAUGGGUAUGCGGACGGGGGUGCCCUUUCGUUCGUUUUGCUAACGAUCAGCAGUUGGUUCCUUGUGAUCUCCUGGUUGUUCGCACCAUACAUCUUCAACCCAUCUGGAUUUGAAUGGCAAAAGACUGUUGAGGAUUUUGAUGACUGGGUGAGUUGGCUUAUGUACAAAGGUGGAGUGGGAGUAAAGGGAGAGCUCAGUUGGGAGUCUUGGUGGGAGGAAGAACAGAUGCAUAUCCAAACAUUAAGAGGAAGGAUAUUGGAGACCAUUUUGAGCUUGAGAUUCUUCAUGUUUCAAUAUGGCAUUGUGUACAAGCUCGAUCUCACUGGCAAAAACACAUCGCUUGUGCUCUAUGGCUACUCGUGGAUUGUAUUGGUUUUUAUCGUCCUGUUGUUUAAGCUAUUCUGGUAUAGCCCCAGGAAGUCGAGCAGCAUUCUGCUGGCACUGCGUUUUCUACAGGGAGUGGUUUCACUGACAAUCAUUGCCCUUAUCGCUUUAGCCAUUGCGUUGACAAAACUAUCGAUUCCAGACAUGUUUGCAUGCUUCCUAGGCUUCAUCCCGACCGGUUGGGCAAUACUGUCUCUAGCCAUCACAUGGAAACGGCUGAUCAAGAUCCUGGGCUUGUGGGAAACAGUUCGCGAGUUUGGACGUAUUUAUGAUGCUGCAAUGGGUAUGCUCAUAUUUGCUCCGAUUGCUCUACUCUCGUGGUUCCCUUUCAUCUCCACGUUCCAGUCCCGUCUCCUCUUCAAUCAAGCCUUCAGUCGUGGACUCGAGAUCUCCAUUAUCCUCGCCGGAAACAGAGCUAACGUUGAGACCUGA